AAACCAAGGACCAAUGCAAGGUCCUAUACAAGGAGGAGGUGGUCAGAUGGGAGGACCCAUUCAAGGGUCACAGGGUCAGCAAGGUCAGAUGGGAGGUCAAGGUCAAAUGAUGCCACAAAUGCAAGGAUCUGGCAUGAUGGGUAAUCAGAUGCAAGGUCAAAUGGGUAAUAUGGGUGGACCAAUGCCAAAUCCGGGGUCAAUGGGAGGUCAGAUGCCAAACCAGCCUAUGGGAGGUCACAUGCAAGGUCAACCAAUGGGAGGACAGAUGCAAAGCCAGCCCUCAGGAGGUCAAAUGCCAAAUCAGCCAACAUCAGGCAAUUAGACAUGAAAAUGUUGAAAACUGUUCAAUUAGUUAUAACUUCACUGUAUCAGUGAUUGUCAGUCAAAGUAAAGACUAAUUUAGAUAUUUUUAUAGUUAUAUAUACUCACCUGAUAUAUUGGGAUCAUUUCCUAUAUUCACUUUUGGGAUGUUUACACACUUGAUAUUUCAUUUGUUGUAAUUUUCAGCAAAUUUAAUCAUGGGAAGUUCAAAUCCUGGGUGAAAAAUUACCCAAGAGGUAAAGUCGAAGGAUAUUAUGAUAUUGUAAAGAAAGAAUUUUGAUAGAUUCUUAAUGUAUCUUGCAUAAAUCACGAAAUAGAAAGAAAUUAAGUCUUUACUUAAAUUUAAAUGAACAAUAAUCUUAUAUUUUUAAAUAUUUGCAUUUUCACUUAUUUUAAAUAUAUUCAUAUGUAUUUUAAAUGAAUUACAAUAUUAUAGUUGUUGUCCUGAGAAAAAGAGUAUGUUUCAAACGAGUGUUUGUACUGUUGUAUGAUUUAAAUGGCAUGCUAAUAUGGUUGAAUCUCUUUCCAAAAAAAUUUCAUUAUCCUUUCAAAUCACAUAUUAAAGCAAUAAAUGAUGGACACACAAUAUUGUGCUGUGAAAGAUGA